AUGCAAUAUAAACAGAAUCGUCUUCAUUGUGAUGGUGUUAUCAAACAUAUGGAUAUGCUUGAAGACUUUACCGGACGACUCAGAGAAAUUCUACCAUCCGAAACACAAGAUCGGAUAGCGAUGUUCAUUUUAUUCAUACUUUUACCACUUGGAUUUCUGUUCGAGAUAUUCGCGAUAUUACCGACUGAGCAUGAAGUAAUGUCGAAGGGAUGGAAUUUAAGAGUUGGUAUAUUGAUGCUGUUUGGGUUAAAUGCAUUUGCUAAUGUGUACAAAGUUAUAUCUGUUGGACCAAAUGGUAAUUGCUCAGAUUUGCCAGCAGUACAAAAGCAUGGUUAUCGAUUUUGCUAUAACUGUCAGCUAAAUGAGCCUCCACGAUCGCAUCACUGUCCAGUUUGUGACAGAUGUGUAUUUCGACGAGAUCAUCAUAGUUCGUUUGUCGCCGUAUGUGUUGGGCACUUUAAUCAGCGUUAUUACAUUAGUGCUAUUUGCAGUUUAUGGAUUAUAUCCCUUACUGUGUUAAUGUGGAAUUGGUCAUUUAUGUGGACGUCACUCGGUGGUUUUUCACCAUUACAACUGUGGGAAUUGAUAGUGCCUCACUUGGCACUAAUCUUUCGCAUCAUCAGUUUUUCUCAGUUUUUAUGUGUAAUGACCUUUAUCUUUUCGUUUACUGUAUUCGUCUUUCUAUGUUAUCUGAUUACAGCUCAGCUUUUUUGCCUUUACCGAGGGCAAACACGCAUGGAAUAUCUUAUGGAUGUACAUGCGUAUAAUCUGGGAUUUAUGGAAAACGUACGUCAAGCUAUGGGUAGACGUUGGUUUAUAGCACUGUUAAUGCCGUUCAUUUCUUCACCACUUGAUUCUGAUGGUCUUUCAUAUCCAACACGUGAAUCCAAGCCACUGAAUGAUAUGAAGACUAUGUGA